AGUGCGUGUUUGCAGAGAGUCUGGGCUGUCGCUGAUCUGCUGGACCGGCAGGCAGCAGCAGUAGAUGUUGUCCCAUCAUCAGAUCACACCCAACGGGGCUGCAGCGCACUGCUCCUCCGGCACCAAAACCAUGACACCCGGAUCCAGAACCGCAGUCUGAGCCGCACUGAGGACAAAACCAACGGGGGAUUUUCAGCAACGGGCGCACGCGCAAACACGUUCACGUGCGUGGACACACACACAAACACCGGUAACCUGCACGAACAUCGCAGCGACCAGCUGCCUGAUAGUCGACAACGCCGACCGAGGCGAAGUUGACUGCGCCGCGCAAACUGCGCUUCUUGCUGCGGAGACGCGUCCCGCUCGGACACCCGCAAGAGAAACUAGUCCCUGCGAGCCAUUUCAAGCCAAAACAUGUCAACGCCGAGCAAGGACACCAACAGCGGGCAUUACGCCAACUAUGUGGGACCGUACCGCCUGGAGAAGACGCUGGGCAAAGGACAGACAGGUCUUGUGAAGCUGGGCAUCCACUGUGUCACAUGUCAGAAAGUUGCCAUAAAGAUUGUCAACAGAGAAAAACUCAGCGAGUCUGUUCUCAUGAAGGUGGAGCGGGAAAUCGCCAUUCUGAAACUCAUAGAGCAUCCCCACGUUUUAAAGCUUCAUGAUGUCUAUGAAAACAAGAAAUACCUGUACCUGGUGUUAGAACACGUGUCUGGAGGCGAGCUUUUCGACUACCUGGUGAAGAAGGGACGGUUAACACCCAAAGAGGCCAGAAAGUUCUUCAGACAGAUCAUCUCAGCUCUGGACUUCUGUCACAGCCACUCCAUUUGCCACAGAGAUUUAAAGCCAGAGAACUUGUUGUUGGACGAGAAGAACAACAUCAGGAUAGCGGACUUCGGCAUGGCGUCUCUGCAGGUCGGGGAAAGUCUGCUGGAGACCAGCUGCGGAUCUCCACACUACGCCUGCCCAGAGGUGAUCAGGGGGGAGAAGUAUGACGGGAGGAAAGCAGACGCAUGGAGCUGUGGAGUCAUCUUGUUUGCACUUUUAGUGGGUGCGCUGCCUUUUGAUGACGACAACCUGAGGAACCUUCUGGAGAAGGUGAAGCUGGGAGUCUUCCACAUGCCUCACUUCAUCCCUCCGGACUGUCAGAACCUCCUGCGCGGCAUGAUCGAGGUGGACGCCAGCAAGAGGCUUACGUUGGAGCAGAUCCAGAAGCACACGUGGUACCUAGCUGGAAAGAACGAGCCUGAGCCCGAGCAGCCCGUCCCCAGGAAGGUGGCCAUCCGGAUGCUGGCCUCCGCAGAGGAGAUCGACCCUGACGUCCUGGAGAGCAUGCACUCUCUGGGCUGCUUCAGAGACAAGGAGAAACUGACCAAAGACCUGCUGUCUGAGGAUGACAACCAGGAGAAGAUGAUCUACUUCCUGCUGCUGGAUCGGAAGGAGAGAUAUCCGAGCCACGAGGACCAGAACCUGCCACCACGUAAUGAGAUCGCAGACCCUCCCAGGAAGCGUGUGGACUCGCCCAUGCUCAGCCGUCACGGCAAGCGGAGGCCAGAGAGGAAGUCGAUGGAGGUGCUGACCGUCACGGAGGGAGGGUCCCCCGUUCCUGUACGACGAGCCAUCGACAUGGCAACCCACGGUCAGAGCAAAUCUGUUUUCAGUAAAAGUUUGGAUAUCACAAACGCUAACUGCAGCAAGGAGGAAAGGUCGCGGUCGAUCAGUGGAGCAUCCUCCGGUCUGUCCACCAGUCCCCUCAGCAGUCCCAGGCCCAACCGGCGGUUUUUUAUCCCCCCCCAGUCCCCAGACUUGUGUCAGUCCCCCAACUGCAGCCCCACCCACUCCCCCGAGGUCCGCCUUAACGGGGUGGGCCCCCGUGGGCCCAACUCCUACCAUCCAAAGAUGGGAUCACCCCUCAUGCACCCCCGCACACAGACCCUCCCCGCCAAACCCAAAGUGUCUGAGAAGCCCCUACAGACCACCAGGUCCAACCCGCUCCCCAACACAGCCCAGACCCCUAGCACCCCUAAAUCAGAGCCGUCAACACCCUGCCAGCCUCUGGCCCCCUGCAUUCCCAACAGCCCGCGGGUGAGGCGCCACCCUCCCCUCACAGUCCCCCCCAAGCUUUCAAUCCCCCUCUCCCCGGUGCCCCCUAUGUCGCCCCUGCGCCGCCGCCACCUCCACCCUGACCACAACGGCAAAUCUCUCCCCAUCACGCAGGUGACCCCCCACCCUUCCCCCAGAGGCAGCCCUCUCCCCACCCCAAAAGGCACCCCAGUGCACACGCCCAAGGAGAGCCCGGCCGGCACGCCGAGCCCGACGCCACCACCCAGCCCCUCCAUCGGCGGCAUGCCCUGGAGGACGCGCCUCAACUCCAUCAAGAACAGCUUCCUGGGCUCGCCGCGCUUCCACCGCAGGAAAAUGCAAGUUCCCACUCAGGAAGACAUGUCCAGCCUCACCCCAGACUCCUCUCCAGAACUGGCUAAGAAGUCCUGGUUCGGGAACUUCAUCAACCUGGAGAAGGAGGAGCAGAUCUUCAUCGUGAUCAGAGACAAACCUCUCAGCUCCAUCAAGGCCGACAUCGUCCACGCCUUCCUCUCCAUUCCCAGUCUGAGCCACAGCGUCAUCUCUCAGACCAGCUUCAGGGCGGAGUACAAAUCCACAGCCGGUCCCACAGUUUUCCAGAAACCAGUCAAGUUCCAGGUGGACAUCACCUACACCGAGAGCACCAGCGCUACCAAGGACAAUGGCAUCUAUUCAGUCACCUUCACCCUGCUCUCAGGUCCCAGCCGGCGUUUCAAGCGCGUGGUGGAAACCAUCCAGGCCCAACUCCUCAGCUCCAACGAUCAGCCCGGCAUCCAGCCGCAGAUAUCUGGCAGCCCGUUGAGUAACUUCUUUGACGUAAUUAAACAGCUUUUUUCAGACGAGAAGAACAUCCAAGCGUCGCACUCCCCCGGCACCCCCACCACGCCUAGCUCCCCAACCAAGCAUGCCCCCAGCAGCAAGCCCAACCUGCCCCCGCCCAAUGACUCUAAAUGCCCCCCCGGCAAAGACAAAACAAAGACGGCCGCCAGCAACAGGACACAGGAACAUCCUUAAGGAGCGGUAGCUGUGCAUGACUAGACGAGAAGCGGUGAUCAGGUCAUUAAACGGGACGGCUGCUAACUUUACCCUUUAGUUCAGAGUCAAAGCUAAAAAACAAAUCUACUUUUUGCCUAUAAAUUUUGUACUGUAUCCUGGGAAUGGCUCUUUGAGUUUAAAGUUGAUCAAUAUUUUACUAUAAGUAGCAGAUGUAGCUUUGCCAUCCCUACCUUUGUGUCCCUCUCUGUGUCCUCGGGGGUCUUACAGUGGGUAUGUGUCCUCCUCACAUGUGUGAUGGCUUGACUUGUCUCUGCCACCAGGGAUCAUCCAUAAUAACUAUUAACCUCGCCGGCUCCUCCACCACCACCAGCCACCAGAGUCUGAACCUGAGGAAAAAAGACAAGAUGACCCCUUCCCUCCCCCCAUUCCCUCCUCUUUGAUUCUUUUUCAGUAGAGUCCACUUCACCCCUCCAAACCAAACACGUCAGAAGAAUCAAAUAAUAAAAAAAAAGAAAAUAGCCUUAAGACAAUGAUGUUUGUCAACCUACACCCCCCCUCUCCUUUCUCUUUCUUCCAUUUCUCCCACAUGUACAUAAAAAGGACACAAAUUCCUCGGAAUAAACUUCUUUUCGGAUGUAACGGCUUUAAACAGAGUCGGGAUGUAGGAGCGGUAGAAGGAAGCAGAGAUGGACGGAGGGACAAACUCUGGCUGGAUUGUAAUUCUCUUCAACAGGAUUUCUAAGGAGUUUCUGUAAAUGGUUUCUUAAAGGCUGCCCGGGGGUGGGGGGGUUGGUAAUACUAUAUAAAUGAAUGAUUUAUUCUGAUGUACAGACUAAAUAAUGCUCUAUGUACAAAAAGUGUAGUUGUGACAUUAUGUUUAAAGUUGCCAUAUUUUUGUUUUGUAUUCCUGUACAAGCACGGUCACACCAGCGUCUCAAACGGCCAAAUUUUAUCAUUAUAAUCAACUGCUCUGAUCAGAAGCGGUCUUUGGAUUAUUGUGCAAAAUUUAAGCCAUUUUAAAAGUGCUUAUUGUCCCUUUACGCUCCUCUUGACUCAGUGCUGAACUAGCUAGGAGAACCCCAUUAGCUUCCACACAUGAAUUAGUUUCCUUUAAAAGACAGAAGUCAAGAUGGCUGACACUCUUGCAGUCUUCUCUGAUUGGUCAGUUCCCCUGGCCUGAUCAUGUAUCUCCAAUCUUUUAAUAAAUCUUAAUUUGAAAAGAAUGUGAAGUUAAUAAAGUAGCUGCUAAGUGCAUGAUGACUCAGCUUUAGGAAUUUUUAUGAAUCUACUUGCUCAUCGUUUUAGGCCCAGAUACUCGUGGAGAGCUCAUUUAUAGUAUAAGACAUAUCAUAGACAAACAUCUGACUUUAAAUUCCAUUUCAUGGACAGGAAUUAAUCUUAUAUUUUUAUUAAAUCUAGGCUAGUAGCAAACCAGCUAACUGACAGCGACUUGGUAGCGUACUUCAUAGUGUUCAUAGUGUAAUUAAGGUAUUAAAAAUGAAUAAAUAAAACCAGAUAGAGCCCAAAACAGAUAAGAGGCAAAUUAAAAAAAAAGAAGUCUUUGCUUAAGUUAGCAGAGGCAGGUUCAGAACAUAGACUGUAAAAAAGCAAUGGACGUAGCCGUUGGCUUGUCAACUGAUCAUUUUCUUCUUUCGAAACCAGAAGUUACAAACAGUAGUUUAUUUAUUUUUAUUGUCUCUAAAGGCAAAAAUUAUACACUUCCCAUUGGAUAGCGACUGGAUGUCAUAAUGUAGGCCAGUGCUAAAAUAUACGUUUUACUCUUAGAUGGUUUAAAAAUUACUUAUUUAAAAAAUACUGACAUUAAAUAAUUAGAGGAGCAAAACUAGCUGUUAAGAUUGACACAAACCAAUUGAAAGAUCGGGUGAUUUUCUUCUACACUUCUAUACAAACGAGCUGGUUUUGCAGCUGUGGUCGUCGCCCCCUGCUGGCCAUUACAAAGAAUACAGCUGUUUGUGUUUGUGCUGCCUCUUUAAAACAUUCAGUAUAGUCAGAUUUUUUUCACAAUGGAAAACUGUUGGGCCACUUUCUGGUGUGACCAGGCCUCUUUCAAGAUUUUUUGCACUUUGGGUUUGGGUUCAAUUACGUCAGUGCGUUUUUAAGUUUUGUACCUUUUGUUGUUUAGGUUCUUUUGUAUUAUCUGCAGGUCUCAGACAAUAUUGAACUGCUAUGUAUAUUUUUGUAUUUUGUCAUUUAUUUAAUUAUUUAUAUGAAAAGAUGUAGAGAAUGUUCUUAAUGUCAAUUAUUUAAGGAUAUUUGUCACGUUUAAGUUAUUCUUGUGAGCAUUUGUUCCAUCCCCCCUUUUUUAAAGAGACAGAUGUUGUAAUAUACAUUUGGAAAAAUUAUUUGCUGUAAUUUAAGAAUGUAGACUUAGCCUCUUUGAGAGGAACAAACCCUUUGUUGAUAAUUGUCAGCUACUUCUUCCUCCCUGUGCGUAUGAUGACUCAGAGCUCACCAAACAUUCAUUCUGUAAAUAAGCCGUUUACUGACAAGCUUAUUUAAAAACCAAGGGGAUUCCUACUCUUAGCUUUGACCUCGUACGGUUGUUUGCAUGUUCAGCAUUCGUCUUUUCUUUGCAUGUCGUUGUUGGAGUUGUUCUACUCUUCCCUUUUACUCUUCACAUUUUUAUGUACUUAUGUUACUGUGCUUCUGCAUUAAUUUGCCUUCAGUUUAUUUAUUAAUUUUAUUUCCUUCACCAGCCUUUUCCCCCUUUUUGAUUACUGUGUGCACACAGUAACCGUGCAAUGCAUCCUCCUCUCAUUCUCUCAGAGGGUCCUCGCUGGUGAUCGGGUCGCUCACUCAGACCAGCUGGGUGGGUGUUGGUUAUCGGAGAGAAAAAUUAAAGCAAUACCUUUCAUUGUUGGCUUUCCUCCUUUUCUACUGUGGGAAUCCAGAGCACACAGAAUGGACUCGGAGCGCUACCGCUGAGCAGGAUAACCACUGGCAAUGUAUUCCCUUGUGAUGUUACUGUGAACAACUUUAAUGCUAAAGGAAUAAAUCUGUUGACUUUG